AUGACAAGGGCCGUGAGCAGUCUAUAUACAUCCUUCCUGGACGCUCCGCCCGCUGCAUGCGUUUCCGUGCCUUUCCACGGUUCAUCUGAUAUCUGCGAUGAGGCUACCAAUAGCGCUGCUAGCUUAAUUACCAAUAGUGGUAAUGAUGGUGGUGAUGAUGGCGGUAGUGGUGGUGGUGGAGGAUCAGCUGGAAGCCUCCUCGUGACAGGAACAUACACACUCGACAAAGAUACCCAGCUGCGCACCGGCUCGUUAGUCCUCCACGAGGUUUUGAUGAAAGACAAACAAGACGGAAUUGAACUAAAGCAUCACCAGACUGAACCUCUACCAUCAGGUUCUGUCCUUGAUAUAAGGCUUCUUAAAGCCUCAGCUAGUCCAUCUUUCCCAAAUGGCUGUAAACUCUUAGUGGCGACAUCGGCCGGCCAAAUAUCAGUUUACUCUGUGUCUAGAAGAUCUCUCAAAUUCCUGUCAACCCAUGAAGUCACAGACUCAACAACCCUGAUACUGAGCCUAUCGAUAUCUCCAGAUGGACUGCUUGUCUCGACAACCACUAGCGACAGCAAAAUUCACAUUCUCAAAUUCACAGAUACGACAUUGACUUUGUUAGAACAAAUAACUGAGGUUGAAAACGUACAUACUGGUUUGGAAGCAUGGACGUCAAUAUUCAGUAUCGAUGGUAAAACCCUAUAUUCUGGCGGCGACGACGGUAGUUUCGCCGCAUGGGACCUCAGUGCUCUCAACAACAGUGAAGAUGACGACGAAGAACAAACACCCGUUCAAACAUACAGAAAUCGCAAAAUUCACACAGCGGGUGUCACAUCCAUCCUACCGGUUACAAUAUCAAGCCAAGAAUACAUCAUAACCGGCUCAUACGAUCAAUUUGUUCGUAUAUUCUCCCCAUCCACGAAGCGUUGGCUCGACACCUCCAUCGACCUAGAAGGCGGAGUGUGGAGGUUGGAAAUACUUUCCAGCAAUAAUUUUAUCCAAAAGGAACAAGGAAUUUCUUCAAAUAAAAACGGGAAAAUAUAUAUCCUAGCGAGCUGCAUGCACGCCGGUUGCUGCAUUCUAUCUGCAGAGUUUAAAGAAGGAGGAGGGGAAGUUAUACUAACCCCCAUAGCAACUAUGAAAGAGCACGAAAGUAUGAAUUACGCAUCGGCUUGUAUCGGUAAUAACGAGCCGGUGUUUAUUAGUACCAGUUUCUAUGAUCGGAGAGUAUGCUGCUGGAGGUUGUGA